UCACUGACGCAGAAGCGUCGCUGAGAAGAAGCAGAAGAAGACGCGCUGGAGAUGGCCGCUUCCAUGUCGUGAAUGUGAAGACUGACAAAGAUUACUAUUUUAUCCAACUGCUGAACUCGUCGAAAUCAUAUUCGAAUCAUAUACCAUACCGGCUUCUGCUGUACACCCCUGCUCAACUAUUGCUGUCCAACGGCGGACUGAUAGUCCAGACUGGCUUCAGCGGUCACUUCCUCCCAAAUGAAGGACGGCAGGGAGAACUCGAACACCGCUGCUGGAAGUUUUGCCACAAAUCUGGACCACACAAAGCCAUGCUGGUACUGGGACAAGAAGGAUCUGGCCCACACCCCGUCCCAGUCCGAUGGCAUGGAUCCAGCCAUAGAGGCCCGGUACAGACGAGAGGGAGCCCGCUUCAUUUUUGACGUCGGAACGCGUCUGGGACUACAUUAUGACACUCUGGCAACUGGAAUAACAUACUUUCAUCGUUUUUACAUGUUUCACUCUUUCAAACCGUUUCCCAGAUAUGUGACUGGGGCUUGUUGUCUUUUCUUGGCUGGUAAAGUGGAAGAAACCCCCAAGAAGUGUAAAGACAUCAUUAAAACGACUCGCAGUCUGCUCAAUGACGUGCAGUUUGCGCAGUUUGGAGAUGAUCCGAAGGAAGAGGUCAUGGUCCUGGAAAGAAUUUUACUUCAGACAAUCAAGUUUGAUUUACAAGUGGAGCACCCCUACCAGUUUCUGCUGCGCUACGCUAAACAGCUCAAAGGUGACAAGAACAAAGUUCAGAAGCUUGUGCAGAUGGCAUGGACCUUUGUCAACGAUAGCCUCUGCACAAUGUUGUCCCUUCAGUGGGAGCCCGAGAUCAUAGCCGUGGCAGUCAUGUACCUCGCCGGCCGCCUGUGUAAGUUUGACAUUCAGGAGUGGACGUCUAAGCAGUCGUCUCGCCGCUGGUGGGAGCAGUUUGUGCAGGAUGUCCCGGUGGAGCUGCUGGAGGACAUCUGCCACCAGAUUCUGGAUUUGUACUCUCAGGGCAAGCAGCCGAUACCCCAGCAGCCUCAGAUACUGGAGAAAGAGAAACCACCGCCCCCUCCUGCUGCUCAGCCGGGCCAGUCGGGGGGGCAGAACCCACCUGCUCAACCUCCCGCCAAAAAAAACUCCCCCCAGGCCAGCCCAACCACCAAGAUGAAACGACAACAUGUCUCUCCUAAAGACGAACCUAAAGCUCCAACAGAGCAGGUUGGGUCUAAGAUUCCUCGCCUGGAGAGUCCUAUGCCCCCUCUUCCUGUGUCCCAGCCCCCAGUGUCUGCUCACACAGACCGCAAGCCUCCGUCUGUGAUCCCGGCUCCUCCCGCUGAAGCAGAACCGGCCGCAUCAGCUGACAUGGAUCCAGCACAGGGCCCGGCUCCUCCCCUGCCCCACGGGGCCCCGCCCCCUCUACCUCACCGCCCCCCACCCCCUCCUCCCUCCAGCUAUAUCAUGGGAAUGUCCACGUCCAGUUCCUACAUGUCGGGCGAGGGAUUUCAGAGUCUGCAGUCCAUGAUGAAGACCGAAGCGCCCUCUUACGCGCCCAUGCCCCCUUCAUUUGGGCUCCCGUACCACCCGCACGUCUAUUCACAUGCAAACCCCCCGCCUCCAGGCCCUCCGCCCCCAAGCUCUUACCCUCCUCCCAAUCUGCCUCCGCCCACCCCAUCUUACCCCCCUCCAGGCUACAACCCCAGCUACCCCCCUCCGCCCCCGCGUAUGCCACCAGGGCACACUGUGCCCCCUCCUGUAAUGGGCUUACCACCCGCUGGGUACCCACCUCCACCCGGCCAACCUCAGGUGCCCCUGCCGCCCCACGGCAUGCCGCCUGUGGCAGGAAUGAACAGAGGGGCAUGGAUGAGAUGAGAGGUGAUUAAAUCAGUCCUUCACAUCUUGUUUAGGCCCAUGAUACAAUAUACAGUCUGUAUCAGCUUUCUAUGUAUUCUGAUGCAGGAUUCACAGGAAGGGACAGACAUUUCAGCCGCCUGGGUUUAAAGGGAUAUUUCACCCCAAAAUGAAAAACUGGAAAAAAAAUAUUCACUGUUCCUCGUGUUGUUCUUAACCUGUAUGCAAAAACAAAAAGGACCAAAAACACAUCUAAAAAAACUAACCAUACGAUUUGUGAUCUAUGACUUUCUGAAGUCGUAUUAUAGAGAUGUUUUUAGCUUUUUACAAAGCUUUUUUAUUAUAUGGUUUCAGAUCUCAAGUAGUAGGUGUUACUUCCUUUUCUGGUUAUGAGUUGUUUUUUUAUGAAAAGAUCUGACAUGAUGUGAAGCUUCAUAAAAUAAAAACCACAGGUUUGGAAUAGCAUGAGGGUUUUCUGUUUGGGGAAACUGUCCCGUUAAGUUCAUUCACAUCACCACUUCCCUUCCAAACCCAUUUCUGUGAAUUAAUAAUGCUUUUUUUGGUUGUACAUAUGAUUUAUUCUGUAUUCUCUUUAGAGAACCUUAUUUCAGUUUUAUGUAUUCAUUCACCUUUGGCAUUGCUUUCUAGUUGGUGUGUUGCAGAAUUCAUAUUAUUUUCAUCGCAACAAUAGGUGAAAAUAUCCCACAAAUCAUCCUUAGCAUCCUUUUAUUCAGAAGCAUUUCUGGCAUCUUUGACUGACCUGAGAUCAGUUCUGUUGAUUGAUUGGACAUGUGAGUUCCAGUUUCCCGUAUAUGUGCCUUAGAUGGGUUAGUAUUUAAUCAGAGAAGGACUUGCUAUGCUCAGUCACCUUGUGUUUACCUGUUGCUGUUUUUUAGGCAGAUAAUAAAAGUCUUUUCCCCCUUGUGCA